UGGUGAUAUCAAUGCGAUUAAAAGAAUAAUGAGGGUUAAAGAGGGAAUAAUCUUAGUAUUCAACCCCUCGCUGGCCAUUAAAUGGAAUGCUAGCCAACUAGAGGAGAAUAAUAGAACAAGCAACGAUAGGGCAGCGGAAAUACCACUGAAAAAUGAGAAGAAGGGUUCAAAGGGGCAUCUGUAUCGAUAUCCAUCGAUCCUUCAUCGAACAAUUGCCAAUUAUUUGUAUAGCGGACAGGUUAAGGUGGCAAGUCAGAAGUUUCAGAAAGUGAAGAAAGAGCGUAAAACAUGGGAUAAAGAGGAGUGGCGAGAAAAAGCAAAACAGAAGGACGAGGAUGAGCGUGAGCGUAUGCAACAAAAUGAGGAACUUAUGAAGAAAGGCAAGAAACCGGGUAGGCGUAAUCCCGCUGUGGACAUGCCUAAACCAACAGAGACGAUGAAACAAAGAGAAGGCUCCCUGGAACUCGAUAAGAAUCUCGGGAAGACAAUGGUAGUUACUAAUGCUACUGGACGAGGACCUGGGCAGCCAGGGUUCUAUUGCGAAAUAUGUAAGCGUAACCACAAGGACAGUAACAACCUACGAAUGAUUGGACAAAGUACUAGGGUAGAACGGUCAACAGUGGAGCAAGUUCGGGAGAAGAUAGCUGCAUUACGAGAGCAAACGAAAGAAGCACGAGCUGCAAAAACUUUUGAUUUCGAGAGGAGGCUAGCAGAAAUCAAAGCAAAAGAAGAUGCAUUACGGGCAGAACGUAAAGCACAGAGGAAAGCUGCUAAGGAGUCUAAGCGAUUAGAUGUCAUUAACGCCGCAAAUGAAGACCUAGAUAUGCAAUCCAAGGAGGAUAUCACGGCUAUGAUGGGGUUCUCAGGUUUUGGAACAACAAAGCGAUGA